AUGGAGGUGGACCUCAGCCCUUUCUUUGCAGGUGCGACAUGCGCGCUGGUGGACUCGAGGGGCGCUGAGCUUGCCAUCAGUCGUGCGUUUGCGAGUGCAGCAAACGCUCGCCACGAGGAGCAUCAGCUGCCGCACUCAUGGAACCAAACGCAGCCGCAUCGCUCGCGCGUGUCCGUUGUAGUGCAGCUGCGCAUCAACUCACCGCUACCGUCGUGGACCCGGCAGGCGAAGGACGUGGUACUGCGUUGCGUCGAUCGCGCCGUGUCGCGCAUCUUUCCACCGUUGGACGUUCUGCAAUACAUUGCCGCCGACUCUCCCGUCUUUCCUGCCGCAGCUGCCGAUGCCAGUGGUAAGAGGGCGGCGUCGCAUCUGUGCGUAUCUUUUGCAAUUCAGCCGUCUGCCGCCCUGUGGCCCGCCUCGUUGUGCAGGCGACAUGCGGUGGAAGGAGAGGUCAUGGCAGGUGUGCAGCCUGGCGGGCCAGAGACCGGAACCGCGGCAGCGCUGCAGUCAAUGCAUGAUACAUUAUUAGACAGGGACUUGUGGAACCGAGCUCGAGCGGCGCAUCAGCUCUACGACGCCAGUGUCGCUCGCGACGCUAUCCAGCAACGCACUGGCAACAUGUCGGCCUCGGAGGCGACAGUGAUGGACACGAUAGUAGCGCUUCAAUCCCAGCAGCAGGCUUGUGAGGAAAAGCAGGCCCAGCUGCAGUGGCAGCUUGCUCGAUGGCUGACAGAGCUGUUCAUGAACGAGGGUAGCUGGGCUCGGCCACCAGGGUCGCUAUCGACGGGCACCUCGAGGUCUGUUCAGAAAGCCCCUGCUUACGUAGCGACGCGGCGUCUCUUCCAGAAUCCCUUGCGGCUGUCGUUUGCUGACGUCGUGGAUGCAGCUCUCUCGGCACCGCAGACAACGGCCCACAGCACUGCGUCCGGCGCCGCAGUGCCACGCCGCCUCCUCCACGCAGAUGUGCGCGGCGUGGAGUGGGAUGGUUUGUUGGUGGGAUAUACCUCUCGCUACGCCUACAUUGCGGUGCCCUACUUCGUGGCUCCUGCCGAGACUGCAGCGGUAGCGGCGUCUUCGUCAGUGUGUCUGUGGAGCUUCGUAAGCCGUAUCCCCAUACCUGCGAUCCUCGGCGAAUUGGCUGACAGAGACGCGGAAGGACAUCGUUGUGCGAACAGCCCUCUCUCUCGCAAGCGACCGCGCACUUCUGGGUCUCCCCACCCAGACGAUGCGAUAUCGAAGGAGGAAAGCACCGCCGCCGCUGCGGCACGCAACGUGCUGGCCUGUUGCUUCAAUGCGGAGGAGGUGAUGCGCCACGACACCAACGCAGAGGCGGUAUUUCGCCUUGCCGAUACACCCUGUGUCGUGACAGUUCAAGCGCACCGUCUCUACUGCGCGCGGGCUGACCCGGCGAGGAAGCCGCGCAUGCACGCCACAGCGCCGUCUUUGGGCCACGCCUCCACCAAGCCCCAGCCGGCUGCCUCGCCAUACGCCCUGUCGCUGGUGCUAGAAGAUGCCUACGCGGUGCGGGUUCGGCCAACUCUCAAUGACUCCAGUGCUACGCCAACCUCGUCCGCGUCCUCCACAGCCACUCACUGGGCCACAUCUCUGCUGUGUAGACACGACCCUCCGCUAAAAUCGGAGGACGUCAGCGAAGAAGGGGGCAGCGCCGCCAAUCAAAGUAUCAACGACACCAUUGUGCGCGCGCUACACACGUUCUCCGACGUGGUGGGCGCGGUACGAGAGAGCUGCCACCAAUUUCAGCGAGCGCACGAGCGGUUUUGCGCUUUGUACGCGCAGUGCGUCCAGAUGCGUGGCUCGACGAUCCCCACACCCGCCGGCGCCGCAGCACAAGCCGAGGCAGCUGUGACAGACAAACUUUCCUCAGCAAGGGCACAGAGGGUACUUACUAGAGCGACUAUGCCGGUACCUGAGGCAACAGUCACUAGGGAGGCGCUCUUGCCCACUGUCGCCGCAGAGAACCUGCGCUUGCUGCGCCAGGCAGAGGUGGUAUACAGCGCGUUGUCAGAUUCGGUCUCCGUGCAUUUUGGGAAGCUGCGUGGCGCUGCGCGUGUGCCCGUUCCCGUCGUACGUACCACUGCCGACGUGGCGCAGCUGGAAGAGUGCCAUAACGUUGAGUUCAAAGCAAAGGUGGGUCUCGUGGCGAACGGUCCCUCUGCUGGUGUAGACUCACAAGAGCACCACCAUCCUGCGUUGAUGGACGUGGAGCGACUUCGAAACACGAUGGCCGCCAUGGCAACAUGUCGCGGUGGCGUCAUACUUCUCGGCGUCACGGACGACGGUCGAAUCCUCGGCCAUGCAAGGCAGCUGAAUGUUGCGCGUCAGUUGCGCACGUCGGGGUUCUGCCCAGCGAUGGUGAAGGACACGGUGCAGGUGAAGGAGCUUCGCUGGCUGGGUGAGAACGGAGACAUUGCAAACGCGAGUGGAGCCAGCUUGAGUGAGUGCAAUGGCAAUGGCUCGUCGCCACCAGUGAAGCGAUCCAUGCCUGCGAACUGGUGGAAAAGGAGUGCCACUCUGGCCGCUUCAGAGUUGCCGAAGACAUCGACGGCGAAGGUAGAAUCCUCCACCGGUGAUCAAGUGAUCACCGUCGUCAGCGUCCAGAAGGGCCAGGCGCCGUUCUACGCAACGUUCAAGAACGCGCCUCCGUAUCAGCGUGGAUGUGCAAGCACAACAAUGAUGCCUACUAUGGUGGUGGCACGCCGCAUUAUGAAGGAACUUACCUAA